AUGACGACUACUACUACAACUACAUUUCAUUCUUUAUUCAGGUCGAUAUACAUUAGACAACUGAUAUUCAAUCAUAUUAGUAGUAUAUCAAAACAAUGGUAUCGUCAUGAUGGCCAAUAUCAACCACAACGAUCAUCAAAAGGAAGAGAUAUCAUCAAAUUAUCUCAUCUUGAAAUGAUAUCAAGAUAUGGGUUACCGUGGAACUUUAUGAUUCAUUAUCUACCAUCGGAUAGUAAUCAGAUACCAUUGGAAACAAGAAAAAGGUUAAUCAAGAGAUAUUGUCAUCAUCCAAAUGCAACGAUAGAUUCACUUGAACGUCUGGUGGAAUGGUCGACUGUUGAUUUUGAUUCUAAUCUUCUUGAAUCAAGUAUCGGCAAGAAAAUAAAUCAAGAGAUAUUAGAGUAUAUCAUAGUCAAGAGAUGUCCUGCUACUGCUGCUGAUACUAGAGAUUCUCGCUUUCUGUAUAAUACAUUUCUUUCAAAAGCUAUAGCGGUGGCAUGUAUGAAUGGGUAUCUAGAGAUUGUCAAGUCGAUUUGUUCAAUCAAAGAUGUAAAAUUAAACACAUCAACUAUCAACCAGAUUCCAAUGGACACUGCUUGUAGUAAUGGAUUCAUUGACAUUGUAAAAUAUUUACACGAGAAUAGAACUGAAGGUUGUAGUAAAAGUGCAAUGGAUGUAGCAUCAAGAAAUGGUUAUUUAGAGAUUGUAAAGUUUCUUCACUCCAAUAGAACCGAAGGUUGUAGUAAAAAUGCAUUGGUAAGAACUGAAGGUUGUUCAUACCAUGCUAUAGAUUAUGCAUCAAUGAAUGGGUACAUUGAUGUUGUAAAGUUCCUUUCAGAGCACCGUACUGAAGGAGCAACCACCGAUGCUAUGAAUUUGGCAGCUCAAAACGGACACAUUGAAAUGGUAAAGUAUCUUCAUGAGCAUCGUAGUGAAGGAGCAACCACCGAUGCUAUGAAUUUGGCAGCUCAAAACGGACACAUUGAAGUGGUAAAGUAUCUUCAUGAGCAUCGUGGUGAAGGUGCAUCAACCAAUGCUAUGGAUUGGGCAGCUGAAAAUGGACACUUUGAUGUUGUAAAGUUCCUUUACGAGUAUAGAGGUGAUGAUGCAUCACCUGAAGCUUUGGAUUUAGCAGCUGAAAAUGGUCACAUUGAAGUGGUAAAGUACCUUCAAGAGCAUCGUACUGAAGAAAUAUAA